AUGGAUCUUGAACCCAGAAAGAUUUCCCUCGUGGGAGGACAGGAUAAUGAGAAGGUAUCUGUCGUUGAUGCCAACCGACUGAACAGCGUCGCCACCUUUGCCUCCCUGGACGAAGCCCUGGGUCAACUGGACAUCUCGGUCAAAGACGCCGAUGAAGCGUUUACCUUUCUGAAGGACCACCCCAACGCCGAUGCCGUCCGACAAGAAGCCAUUGCCAUCCUGGCCGACCCGAAAGCGACCAAGCGACUGGUGAGGAAGAUCGAUUGGACCAUUGUGCCAUGCAUGGUCGCCGUCUAUUUCCUGCAAUAUCUUGACAAAACAACCAUCUCCUACGCGGCAGUGAUGGGUCUCCGCAAAGACAUCCAUCUCGUGGGCCAGGACUUUUCCAACUCCGCCAUGAUGUUCUACAUCGGCUUUCUCGCCGCCGAGUUCCCCACGCAAUACCUCGCUCAACGGAUCAGUCGACUGGGGAAAUACCUGGGAGCCAACGUCAUGCUCUGGGGCGUCGUCCUGGCCUGCAUGGCGUCUGUUACGUCGUACGCCGGAUUGAUGAUCUGCAGGACAAUCUUGGGCAUUUUCGAGGCACCAGUCGCCCCGAUCCUCGUCCUGAUCAUUUCCAUGUGGUACAAGAAGGGCGAGCAAGGCCGCCGAGUCAGCUUCUUCUAUGUGUGCAAUUCGGUGACUCAGAUCUUCGGGAGUGGCGUCGCCUACGGGGCGAGCUUCACCCACGGCUCGUUUGCCAGCUGGCGCAUCUUCUUCCUCGUCAUUGGUCUCAUGACCAUCGUGCUGGGCUUUUGUGUCUUCAUGCUGUUGCCUGACUCUCCGGUCAAGGCGCUCAGGUUCACCGAGGCUGAGAAGGUGGCUGCCUUGCUGCGUGUCAAGGAGAAUCAGUCGGGCACACAGAAUGCGAAGUUGAAGAAGUCCCAAGUGCUGGAGUCGAUGCGCGAUGUCAGGGUGUGGUUGGUGUUUUUGUCGGUCGUGUUGACUGCGAUUCCGAAUGGUGGUCUCUCCAACUUCUCUUCGAUCCUCCUCACCACAUUCGGCUAUACCAGCCAACAAGCGCUGAUCCUCAACAUGCCCUCCGGCGCCGUCGGCAUCUUCGUGGUCUUACUGUCGGGCUAUCUCAGCGAUAAAUGGAACGACCGCUCGCUAGUCAUGCUCAUCUGUCUGAUCCCCACGAUCGUCGCGGCCGGCCUGAUGUACGGCCUUGACCCGGACGGCAUCCCCAAGAGCAAAGGAGCACUCUUGUUUGCCUCUUACCUGAGCGGAACGUUCGGCGCCGCUUUCAUGCUUCUGCUGGCAUGGAACGCCAGUAACUUGGCCGGACACUCGAAGAAGGUGACGGCCAACGCUCUGACACUGGUCGGGUUCUGCCUGGGCAAUAUUCUGGGCACGCAGACUUUCCAGGAGAGCGAAGCGCCGGGCUACAAGAGCGGCAAGAUCGCCAUCGUGGCUUGUCUUACCGCGCAGGUUUUUGUCUGCUUUGCCAUGAGGUACUGCAACGAUCGGCUUAACAAGAAGAACCAGAAGACUUUGGAGAACAUGAGUGAAGAGGAUAAGAUGUUGGUUCGGGAGAAGUUGGCGUAUAGUGAUGAGACGGAUUUGAGGAACCCGUUUUUCAUCUAUACGCAUUAA